AUGAUGAAAGAGCUGCCAGAGCUGCAGUUGGCGACGAAAACGACGGAAGGCAAAGCCAGAACGGCACGAGUUGGCUACAUGCCGCGCCACAGUGAUAUAAAGGGUGACAAAAGUUGUCGGAAGAUGAUCGUGCUGAUCGAAUCUGAGAUCUAG